CUAGCAGGUUAGGGUGCGUCACGGUGCUCGGUUUAGUCCUUUAGCUGGAGGUCGUUGGAGUCACUGUCGCUCAGGGAUCUGCCGCAGUUGGAAAUGUUGUCCCGUAUCGCCAGGCCCGCUGUCUCCGCACUCGGCAGGAGUUUCUCCGUUACGUCGCAGAACAAUGCCAAGGUAGCAGUAUUAGGUGCAUCGGGUGGCAUUGGCCAGCCUCUUUCUCUGCUGCUGAAGAACAGCCCUCUUGUGAGUGACCUCUCGCUCUAUGACAUUGCUCACACACCUGGUGUUGCAGCUGAUCUCAGUCACAUUGAGACCAGGGCAAAGGUUGUUGGUUACAUGGGCCCUGAACAGCUGCCUGACGCCUUGAAAGGAUCUGAGCUGGUGGUCAUUCCUGCUGGAGUACCUAGGAAACCUGGCAUGACUCGAGAUGAUCUGUUCAACACCAAUGCUACAAUAGUUGCAGUUUUAACAGAGGCUUGCGCUCAGAACUGUCCAGAGGCCAUGAUAUGUAUCAUCUCCAACCCUGUGAACUCCACAAUACCGAUCACAUCAGAGGUUUUCAAGAAACUUGGAGUCUACAACCCUAACAAAAUCUUUGGUGUGACAACAUUGGAUGUGGUCAGAGCCAAUACCUUUAUUGGUGAGCUGAAGGGCCUUGACCCAGCACGUGUUGCUGUCCCAGUAGUUGGAGGCCAUGCUGGAAAGACCAUCAUCCCUCUGAUCUCUCAGUGCAAUCCUAAAGUGGAAUUUCCCCAGGAUCAACUGGAGGCCCUGACGGGCAGGAUUCAGGAGGCUGGUACAGAGGUAGUUAAAGCCAAAGCUGGAGCAGGUUCUGCCACCCUGUCCAUGGCUUAUGCUGGUGCCAGGUUUGUCUUCUCACUCUUGGAUGCUAUGAAUGGUAAAGAAGGAGUGGUGGAAUGUGCAUUUGUCAGGUCUGAAGAAACUGAAUCGCCAUAUUUCUCUACACCUCUGCUUCUCGGGAAAAGUGGCAUCGAGAAGAAUCUUGGACUAGGCAAACUAUCUGCUUUUGAAGAGAAGCUUGUAGCCGAAGCUAUGGGUGAACUCAAGGGCUCGAUAAAGAAAGGAGAGGACUUUGUGAAGAACAGGAAGUAAAUAAGUGGCUGCAUUAAUUUGUACAGAAUGGAAAACUCCAACCUGUUGCAAACAUCCCAACACGAGUGGCUGUCCUGUAGCGUUGGUCACUGCUGUAUGUCUGUGCUGUUUGCUAGCAGUUUUUAAAUGUCAAUUUGCCAUGGCAGAUCUCUAAGCUCAUUAAAUUACUAGCACCAUUUCUCUA